UGGGUUAUCAGUGCCCGGAGCAAAGGACAAGUACAGUUGUGUAUCAUCUGCAUAGCAGUGGUAGACCAGGCCAUGGCGCCUGAUUAUUUUGCCCAAUGGGAGCAUGUAUACUGCAAAAAGCAUGGGGGACAGUAUAGAACCUUGUGGGACACCACAUGGCAAUGGCACUGGUGGUGAUGAGUAUAGUCCAGAUGAUACUCUCUGUGACCUGCCUGUGAGAACUGAUUUGAACCAGCUUAGGACUGUGCCAUCCAGACCACAGAAAUGGAUCAGUCGCUCAAUCAGAAGCCCAUGGUCCACGGUAUCAAAUGCUGCCGAGAGAUCUAGAAGGAUUAAUAUUGAACAGUCACCUCUGUCUCUUGCCAUCAGAAGAUCAUUUAACACACACACCAGGGCUGUUUCAGUGCUAUGUCUUCUCCUGAAUCCUGAUUGAAAUGGAUCAUAAAUAUCAUGGGUUGUCAGGCGGGUUUCCAGUUCAUUUGCAACCACUUUCUCAAUAACCUUUCCUAGGAAAGGAAGGUUUGAUACCGGUCUGUAGUUAGUUAUGCAGACAGGAUCUAAAUUAGGUUUUUUAAGAAGCGGUCUAACAAUUGCUUCCUUUAGGGGUCCAGGAAAAAUGCCUGUCUGCAAAGAGCAUUGAACAAUUUUUGUAAAGACAGGACCAAUUAUAUCCAUACAACCUAUUAGAAGCUUGGUUGAGGCUGGGUCCAGAUCACAGGUGGUGGGACGCAAAAUCCGAUCAAUUUCAGCAGUGUCCUUUACAUCCAAUGGGUCAAAGCUGGUCCAUGAAGGCAGGUAGCUUAUAUUGGCAGGCUUUGUAGUUUGGCACUCCUUUGAUGGCACUGUGGAGAUUCCAGCCCGGAUGGUGGAUAUUUUAUCUGCAAAGAAGUAUGCAAACUCAUUGCACCUUGCCUGGGAGAGGGUUUCAUCAGUCUGCAGGCAUGCUGGCUUGCAAAGCAUCUCCACUGUGUGGAAAAGUUGAGCUGGCCUAUUGUUUGCUGCUGUGAUCUCAUUUGACAGGAACUGUGAUUUCUUACGAGUGAUUGUCGAUUGAUAUUCUUCGUUAUGCUUUAUUAGUUUUAUUUUGUCAUCCACUAGGUUAGUCUUCCUCCAUCGUCUUUCCAGUCUACGCCCCCUUUUCUUGAGCUCACUAACACUGUUGUCGAACCAUGGAGCUUGACGUUGUGGUUUACGAGGUCUUAUACGCACAGGGGCGAUAAUAUUAAUUGCAGCCAUAACAUCCCUAUUAUAAUAACGGACUAGGGAACAGGGAUCUUCACAGACACCCAGUAUAGCAGAGAGAUCCAGAUUUGCUGCAAGAGCCUGGGGAGUCAUACCCCUCCUUGGACGAUACCUGGUCAACUCCACGGGCAGAGAUCUUAUUUGAGGGGUUGCAACUGAGAACCAAAGGGAGUAGUGGUCUGACCAGAUGACUGGGUUUAUUUUUAGGUCAGUGACUUCUAAUCCAAUCUGAAAGACAAGAUCGAGAGUGUGACCACUUUAAAGCUUUAGGUGUCAUCAUGUCAGUCAGCGUCCAUGAAAACCGCAAAUCCCGGACCAGUACUGGGUCUAUGAAUAUUUCAUUAUUUCACAAGCCAGCACAUCCAGACUGUGUCUUGAACCAUCUCAACACCAUGCGGAAACAACAACUAUUUACCGAUGUCACCUUGUGGGCAGGAGAUCGCUCUUUCCCAAGCCACCGAGUGGUGCUUGCCGCCUGCAGCCAGUAUUUUGAGGCCAUGUUUAGUAAUGGGUUGAAAGAGAGCCUUGAUAACACUGUGAAUUUCCAUGACAGCCUUCACCCAGAAGUGUUGGAACUAUUACUGGACUUUGCUUACUCUUCAAAAAUCAUAAUCAAUGAAGAAAAUGCAGAGUCUCUGCUAGAGGCGGCCGAUAUGCUUCAGUUUCAUGACAUACGAGAUGCUGCUGCAGAGUUUUUAGAAAAAAAUCUUUAUCCCUCAAAUUGCUUGGGAAUGCUGCUGCUGUCAGAUGCCCAUCAGUGCCGACGGCUGUACGAGUUGUCCUUGCAAAUGUGCUUAGUUAACUUUGAAACUGUGCACAGGACUGAAGACUUUAACAGUGUCUCGAAAGACAUUUUGCUAGACUUGGUUUCCAGCGAUGAACUUGAGAUUGAGGAUGAGCAAGUGGUUUUCAAUGCUGUACUGCAGUGGGUUAAAUGUGACUUGAACAGAAGGAAAGAUUAUUUUCCCGAGUUAUUGAAAAAUAUCAGGUUGGCUCUGCUCACCUCUGAUUCGCUGAAGGAUGCCAUCGCUUGCGAGGACUUAGUAAUGGCCGACGAGAGGAGCAAACUAAUUAUGGAGGAGGCUGUUCAUUGCAAGAGAAAGAUACUGCAGAAUGAUGGCAUAGUGACUAGCCUUUGUGCCAAGCCUCGGAAAGCAGGGCAUACGCUGCUGAUUCUAGGUGGGCAAACAUUUAUGUGCGAUAAAAUUUACCAAGUUGAUCACAAGGCUAAAGAAAUCAUUCCUAAAGCUGAUCUGCCAAGUCCUAGGAAAGAAUUUAGUGCUUGUGCCAUUGGCUGCAAGGUCUAUGUGACCGGUGGACGGGGCUCUGAGAACGGAGUGUCGAAAGAUGUUUGGGUUUAUGAUACAGUUCAUGAGGAAUGGUCAAAGGCUGCGCCAAUGCUCAUUGCUAGGUUUGGGCAUGGUUCAGCGGAGUUACAAAACUGCCUCUGUGUAGUAGGAGGACAUACAGCAGUUGCUGGAAUUUUCCCAGCAUCCCCCUCAGUUUCAUUAAAGCAAGUGGAGAGGUAUGAUCCUCUGUCAAAUAAAUGGACAAUGGUGGCACCGCUGAGGGAUGGCGUAAGCAAUGCAGCGGUUGUCAGCGCCAAACUGAAGCUUUUUGUAUUUGGAGGAACAAGUAUACACAGAGAUAGGGUCGCCAAGGUGCAAUGCUAUGACCCAUUUGAAAACCGAUGGACUAUAAAAGCAGAAUGCCCCCAACCAUGGCGCUAUACAGCCGCCGCUGUUCUGGGAAGCCAGAUUUUCAUUAUGGGAGGGGACUCAGAAUUUACAGCCGCCUCUGCCUAUCGCUUUGACUGUGAAACAAAUCAGUGGACAAGGGUUGGAGAUAUGACUGCCAAACGCAUGUCUUGUCAUGCUCUAGCAUCAGGCAAUAAGCUUUAUGUGGUUGGUGGGUACUUUGGGACACAGAGGUGUAAGACACUAGACUGUUAUGAUCCAAUAUCGGACUCCUGGAAUAGUAUCACCACUGUGCCUUACUCCCUUAUACCGACUGCUUUUGUGAGCACGUGGAAGCACUUACCGGCAUGAGAAGAUUGGCCUUGUAACUGAUCACUUAUGUGACAAAGCGGUAAACCAAUGAAGAAGUAAUAUGCAGUUACCCCUUUUGUAUGACCUGGGGGGUUUUGUUCUAGAUUUUAUUUCCACGAUUUUACAUGGAACUUACACAACUAAAAAUAAAUAUUAACAUAACAUCAGCUGAAACAAAGUAAA